UCUAUGGUCUGUACGCUUAUCGACAAUGAAAAUGGCGUCAGAAAAUGAUCAAAACUCAAGUGGACCCACGAGCGUAGUAUGUUUAAUGUAAGGUGUUAGCAUGCUCUGAUACCUAUGCAUACGAUAUAUUCGACAUCUGGCCCAUUUGCUAUAUUAUGAGGUAUUMUUACUCUCGAGAUCGUGCUUUUAAACAAAACAGAGUGUUGCUGUUGUCGAAAGGCAGCGCGCCCGUCUCAUCAUGACAUCUUAGGCUCCUCGCAGCUGGUUUCCGGUGUCUUCUCUUUAUCUAGAAUGGCCCGUAUAUAAUAUUAGAAACAUAUUGAAGGAUGGAUAAAGAAGAACGGAAUUACUGCUGCUUGGUAUUACUGCUUAACAGAGUAGGCCCGGUAAAGUUACGCAAAUUUUUCAUAGAUCAAUGGAAUUCUCUUGGUGGUUUUGUUCCAUGGAGUGACUGUCAUCAGARUGGUGUGGACUUGCUGACUAAGUACAAACCACUUGAUUAUGAAAAAGACAAAGUCCGGUCUGGUGACACUACCACAUGGGAUUUAUCUCUCUUUGUCAAAGUUCUACUGAAGUCCACACCUCCGUUUGUGAUCGACAAAGAUUUAGUUGAUGGCUUGAAUUCKUUGAAGGAAACAAGAAACACGCUUUGCCACACAGCAAAUGGCAAGAUUAAAUCUGCUGAGUUUACUCAACUUUAUAGYGAUGCAUGCAGUGCAUUAUUGUUAGUGGGUGCGUCAACUGAGGAAUUCAAGAAGAUUGAGGAUGAUGUUAAGAAUCUGGYAUGGAAUGAGCUGUUUUCUCUGGUUGAGAAGUGUGCAGAUCAAGAAAGAGAUAUUCAACAAGGACUGGGUACAAUAAGCAGCAGACUGGGUGAGUUAAAAAAAGCACAUGAGAAGCUCUCGGAAGGCCAAUCAGGUUUACAAGAAGAAGUGAAGGUUCUUAAACAAGUCUUCCAGAAAGGAUUUGACGACCAAAAGCAAGAUAAAAAGGAGGUUCUAACAGAAAUUGAAAACUUACACAGACUAUCAAAAUCCUUAGUCUCAGUGUCAAGUGAAGAUCUGGAGUUGUAUUCCGUUAAUCUGAAGGAAGCGAUAACACGGCGAACAGAUUUCAUGCCGAAAAAAAUAGAUCAAACUACUGUGAAAACCGACGAUAUUUUCACRAAUUUGACUCUUCACCAUGGAGAACYAAAAGAAAGCMUUCGCCAAARCAGAGCUCAGAACGUCKAUCAGCGUGCUCGUAAAACGGUGACAAAAAUAAAGCAGUGCUGUGARAUUUUUGUUGACGAUARCGGAGGAAAGAAUCCSAAGUCAAUUUUGGUCUCUGGUGAACCGGGUAUCGGAAAAACWCUGUUUUCUCAGAAAAUCAUGAGAGACUGGUCAACGGAUAUCUUAUCGAUACCUGAAAUCGAGUUCACUUACAUCAUAACAUUUAGACAACUUGGUCUGCUUGGCAACAAAGAGCUCACUCUCCAAGAACUGCUGAAUCAAUCCCCUCUACUGAACGAAAAGACCAUGGUAACCGAGGAAAUCAUGGCGUACAUUAUCCAGCAUCCAGAGAAAAUACUUGUUGUUCUUGAUGGCUUUGAUGAAUACAAAGACCGCAACAGUGUAACCAGUGACUUUGAAGAGKACUUUCCUAAUGAUUUAAAAAUCAAGAUGCCAGUAGCUGCCCUGGUCAGCAAACUAAUUCAAAAAAAGGUCUUGAGCGAUUCUCUCACCAUGAUCACAUCAAGACCUAGYGAAGCCGACGCCUUGGACCAAAAGAUCCAUUUUCAGCGCUAUGUCGAGAUUACGGGAUUCUCAAAAUCCCAGGUCAUUGACUAUGUUGAAAGGUAUUUCAAAUGUAAACCAGAAAAAGUAAGAAAGAUGGCAGUCAGCAAAGUUAAAGGAUCACCGCACCACAUAUCAUUUGGUCGCGCGCCAUUCCGUUGUUUUCUAAUGUGCAUCUUCAUCGAGUGGGAACUGGAAAUCAACACCAAACGCAAUGAUUCAGAUAAUCAAAUAUCGGACGAAUGCACAGAGAAUUUCAAACGCAAUGAUUCAGCUCCUGCAACACUUACAUUGUUUUAUCAGAAAGUUAUCAAAUGCAUCGAAAGAAAUUAUAAUAGAGCAAUACGUAGUUUAGAUGAAAAAGCAGCUUUGGUGGCUGUUGGCCAAACACUCGAUAAUUUUGCUCAAUUAGCGGCAGAUCUAGCUCAGCAAAAUAGAUUUUGUUUUACAUCAGAAGAUUUAAAUAAUUUUGACUCAAGAGAAAAGGAAUUUCUAGUUUCUAGCAGUCUUAUAUCUUGCUUUCCAGUUUCCAGUAAUUUGCCUUUUCAAAAACCAACUUGUGAAUAUAACUUCGCACACUACACAAUUCAAGAAUUUUUUGUUGCUUGGUAUUUUGUGAAGAAGGGUGUAAUGGCGGCACAAGAAAGCACUGAAAUGGUGUACACAUUCAUGAGUGGAUUGUUAGGUUUAAAUGGCACUGACAAAUCUGACAAAUUAAUGUUAGAACUACUAAAGUGUCUAGGGAAACAUGCGAGAAGUGAAAAUAGGYUAAGGUUAGCCUCAUUGAGAUGCCUUUACGAAUAUGGCCGAGACAAAMGUUUGGCAAGGCAAGUCCUGACUGAAAACCGUGACAACAGAUAUUGGAAUAUUUAUGGAUGGAUUGGAUUAGGUWACGUAGCCGACUCGGAUUGUGGUGCGAUCGCUAUGUUGGUAGAAUCCACUGCUACAUCAUCAACCACAUCACCACCACACAGACUGGACAUUGAUGACUCAUCGCUAACCUGCUAUGGAUUAGACAUUUUGCUACCAUCUCUUAGUUCACCAUACUGUAAAAUAACGGAACUGUCGCUGAUAGCUGMAUUGGAUGAUAAUGGUGCAAUGUAUUUGAGUCAACAUUUGCCAAAAACCAAGUUGACUGASCUGAACCUGUACGGUAAUAAAACAAUAUCUGAUGAUGGAUGGAAUCACAUAGUGAAUAGCUUACCCAGCAAUCUACUCUGCUUAAAUCUGAGUGGUAACAAAAUAUCCGAUGCUGUAGUAAAUCACAUCGCGAACCGCUUACCAAACAGUCUAACCAAGUUGUACCUGUCUGAUAAUCAAAUAUCGGACGAAUGCACAGAGAAUUUCAAACAAUUCUGUAAGGAUAAAUAUCCUGGUCUUGCUUUAGUAAUAUAAAUAAAUMAAUCUGGAAAGACACAAGUAAAAAAUGCUAAAAAAUCAAAUUGGUACUGCAUUAGAAAAAAGAUAUUUAUUAUCACUGCAUGUAUAUUAACUUUUGAAGUUAAAACAAUUAGUUUUCUCUCGUUUUU